AUGCUGGCAAGAAUGUCUAGGCGAUGGAUUUUUCCGAUAAUUCCUCAAACGAGAGCAGCCUCGUCAUACGCACAAAGGCCUGCUGCGAGCGCAAGCUCUUUCGCUGAUCGCAUGGCGUCUGCCACCCGAACAAGAGCACCGGCGCCAUCGUCGUCGUCAUCGUCAGCGACAAAUUCAACAAGUACAGCGCAUAGCUCAGCGGCUAUCAAAAAGACAGAAGAAGAGUCAGAAAUCAACAACAAGAGCUCGUUGGAUGUGCGAACUCCUCUCGGAGAGGCUUUUCCUGCCGUGUCCGAGUGGCAUUCCGGAUACCAAGGCAUUGGUCUUCGUCCAUUUCCUGCACAGGUAGCACAUGUGCUUUGUGAGCCAGUCGAUAAGAACGACGUUGAAAUCAAGCCGGAUGGACUGCUCUACUUACCAGAAAUCAAGUAUCGACGGAUUCUAAAUCGUGCAUUUGGCCCGGGUGGAUGGGGUCUCGCGCCUCAAGGAGAACCCGAGGUUUCUCAAGGUAUACUCAGUCGUGAGUGGACACUCAUUUGCUUAGGACGCUUUGUUUCGACAGCACGAGGCGAACAGGAAUUCUUUAAGCCAACGGGUAUUCCAACAGCCAAUGAGGGUGCAAAGUCCAAUGCGCUUAUGCGGUGUUGCAAAGACCUAGGCAUUGCUUCGGAGCUGUGGGAUCCACGUUUUAUCCGACAGUUCAAGGCCAAGCAUUGUGUGGAAGUUUGGUGCCAAACAUCCGAUGGAAAAAAAAAGCGGUACUGGCGCCGGAAAGAUGACGAGCCUUUCCAAUACCCCGCCAAAGAAACAGGCUUAGUUUCUCGAACGUAA